CAAUCCACACAGGAGAGAGACCCCAUAUGUGCUUAGACUGUGGAAAAAGUUUCAUACAGAGGUCAAAUCUUAUAACACAUCAGAAGAUCCACACAGGUGAGAGAUCCCAUAAGUGCUUAGACUGUGGAAAAAAUUUUAUAUGGAAGUCAGCCCUUGUUAAACAUCAAGCAGUCCACACAGGAGAGAGAUCCCAUAAGUGCUUAGACUGUGGGAAAAGUUUCAUACACAAGUCAGACCUUGUAAAACAUCAGGCAAUCCACACAGGAGAGAGACCCCAUACAUGCUUAGACUGUAGAAAAAGUUUCAUACAGGGGUCAGACCUUGUAAAACAUCAGGCCAUCCACACAGGAGAGAGACCCCAUAGGUGCUUGGACUGUGGGAAAAGUUUCACACAGAGAUCACAUCUUAAAACACAUCAGAGAAUCCACACAGGAGAGAGACCCCAUAAGUGCUUGGACUGUGGGAAAAGUUUCAUACAGAGAUCAGACCUUGUUAAACAUCAGAUAAUCCACACAGGAGAGAGACCCCACAAGUGUUUAGACUGUGGGAAGAGUUUCAUAAGGAGAUCAACCCUUCUUAAUCAUCAGACAAUCCACACAGGAGAGAGACCCCAUAAGUGCUUAGACUGUGGGAAAAGUUUCAUACGGCAGUCAGCCCUUGUUAGACAUAAAGUAGUCCACACAGGAGAGAGACCCCAUCAGUGCUCAGACUGUGGGAAAAGAUUCAUGCAGAGUUCAACCCUUGUUAAACAUCAGGCAAUCCAUACAAGGGGAAGACCAUAAGUGCUUGGACUCUGGGGAAGUUUCAGAAUCAAAUCAGCCCUUCUAAACAUCAGGCAAAACACACAUAGUGUUUAGACUAUGGAAAAACAUUUCAAAUAGAUGUCAGCCCUUGUUUUACAUCAGAGAAUCCACCCAGGGAGACACCCCGUAACUGCUUAGCCAGUGAAAAGAGUUUUAUACGCAAUCAAACAUUGUUAAACAUCCAGCAAUCCACACUGGAGAGAGACUCCAUAAGUGCUUAGACUGUGGGAAACAUUUCAGAAACCGAUCAGUCCUUGUUUUACAUCAAAGAAUCCAGACAAGAGCAAGACUCCAUAAGUACUGGACUGUGACAAAUGUUUCAGACAGUGAUCAGGCCUCAUUAAACGCUGGAGAAUUCACACACGAUCUAAACUUCUGUGACACCUGGCCAGAAAGAGUUAAGAACCUUGCAGGCUAUUUGACCCAGAUUCAACAUUUAAAGACAUGUUAAAAAAGUUUGUAAAUGAUAUUUGGGGCCAUUCCAAGUUAUAUAGACUAGAACUUUGAACGUGAACUUGUAAAAACUUGGAAGAAGAUAAUAGUGUGGUUGAUUAAUUGCAAUUAACUCAAAAAAAUAAUGAUGUGUAUUAAAAUUAAUCUCAAUGGAUCACAUUGUUAAACAGUAGAAUACCAAUUGAUAUUUGUUAAAUGUUUUGGGAUAUUUUUCUGUGUUUU